AUGGAUUCCCUCCUUGUUGGGCUAGCCGUCGGCGAGGGCACAGGCCCGGAGUUGAUGGGCAUUUUUGAGAAAGUCAUCACGGCCUUGGCCAGUCCCUACAACCUGAAACUUCAGUUCAUUAAAUCGUCACGAAAAUAUCAUUCAUAUUCGUCUCUACUGGCCACCAAUGACACAGAUGUUCUAGCCGAAGAAACACUCAUCGAUGCAGACCACUAUGAGCAAUUCUGCCAUGAAGUGUCCAAGCUCGGCGUUCGUGCAAUUUUCCGAACCUCCAUUAGUGCGCAGGCUCUGUAUAUGGUCCGAGACCGACUACAAGCCGUCAAGGUUGAGCAUUUCAACGUGAGUUCGUCGUCAUCCCUCAUGCUGGUCCGUGACCAAGCACAAGGGUACUACUCAGGCGUGAACGAGAUCGAUGCCAAGGGCACCACCGUGACGAGGAACUCGUAUUUCUCGAAAGCUGUCUUCGAACAAGUACUUGCUUUCUCCAUUGCACGCGCUCGAGAAGUCUGGGGGCCCGAUGUCCCCAUCAAUACCGUCACACUGGUGUACAAGUUCCACUUGUUCGACGGAUUGUUCCACUCAUGGUCACAAGAAUGGAAGAAAACUUACGGCGUCGACGUAAAGUUCAUCCAAGGCGAUACCAUGAACCGCAACAUCCUUGCUUUCGGCAUUCAGGGGCACCAGCUUCUCAUCGCCGCCAAUGAAUACGCGGACAUCAUGCAAACGAUCUUGCUAGACCGGUUCGGGUACGGGGCCCAGGAAGGCGCUUGCGCAGAGAACAUCUAUCUCGCAGCCCCAGCGGGCUAUCUCAGUGAAUACCAAACAGCCCACGGCUCUGCCGAUGAUAUCACCAACAAGGGAAUUGUGAACCCUUCGGCCACCAUCCGUGCCGCAGGCGCACUGUUGGAGCGCCAUGGCGCCUGCGGAGGACUUCGACACCAAGUGGAUCUUGCCUUGCACAGCAUCUACGUGAAGAACAUCCGAACGCCUGACCAGAAGGGCACCUCAAAAACGACAGAGUUUGUGGAAGCUUUCUUGCAGGCUAUCGCCCCCAAUCUUCCUUCCAGUGCCGAUGCCACGUAUCUCCACGGGAGUGGAUCUGUGGCGCUGAGCCGCCCCCGUGGCAAAUCGUGCUUUAUGGUAAUGGAUUUCCAAAACGACUUCAUGGCACGGUACAAGGCACCCGACGUGAUCGAUCGACUCAAGGAGACCGUUCCGCGGGCUGUGGACUGGGCGCGUAAGCAGAACAUGGAGGUCGCGUUUGUCCGGUUCCUCGGAGACGAAAAGUACCAGCCACGAACGUGGCUACACCGCAACAAGGCGCAGGGCCGAGAGCCAUGGUGUCUGGAGGGGAGCUUCGGAGCCGCCAUUGCAAGUUGUGUUCCUGUGCAGCCACAGGAUCAGAUUUUCGACAAAAAGGCCCACUACGACCCGUUUCUCUCGCCCGAAUUUGAACGCUAUGCCAAACAAUUCGAUCAUCUUGUGGUAGUGGGGCUUUACGCGGAUAUAUGUGUGGAUGCUGCUGUUCGAGGGGCCUUCCAGCGGGGGAUAUGGACAACCGUGAUUCAAGAGUGUACGACAGGGUUACAUUUGUCUGCGGAGCAGAGCUUCUCGUAUAUGCAAGCGGUUUACGGAAGCCAGGUCAUUUCGAUUAAUGACUUGGUUUCAACGAACCGAGUUGCAAAUCUGUAG